AAGCUUUUCAAUUCAUAACAAGUAAUGACUUUGUAGUUUCAUAAUGACACGGAAAAAGGUACCAGCCAUCUUAAUAGUGCUUUUAUUCUUUGCAUGCCCUUGAACUUCCUGUGCUUGGGGGUGCUAAUUUGCUUUGCUAAAUUAAUUUGCUGAGGGGUACUCUGUGGCAGUAACUUCAUAAACACGUGUAUUUGUUUACACACGUGUGCAUUACCAGGUCAGAAUGCCAAAGCUAGUGUGUGUUGGUAGGAUGUUAAUGCCAGAGUGGCUCACAUACUCUGCCUUAGUGGAGCCUGCAGGAAAAAACAGUUGGAAAACCAUGGAAGUAACUAUAGAAACACCAAUCUUUCAUCAAGCAGCAGAGAUAUGUGCAGGAAGGUGCCUUGCUUACCAACCAUGGUUCCAUACUUUGUUUUUGUUUUGAUGACUUUUUGUUGGGAAGCAGAAAGCUUUUGGGCAAGUUGUGCCAAACAAUUUAUGUAGGAUACUGCAAGAAAUUUGGUUUUCCUCUUGUGCAGGGAACGGAGGCUUUAGGGAGGGGCAGAUGGAUUUCUAUCAGAGUUUUAUCACAUUUUCUCUGUAAAGUUUUUGUUCUCAUGUAGAAUACUUGGCGCCUUGUUCGGUGGUUGUUAUCGUUUGUUGGCAUUGGAACAGAUCAGGCCUAUUAGAGUGACUUAGCUAAUUACAGGGAGCAGUUGUUGAGGGAAAUUUGGAAAGCAGGGUUGUGUGAUUCCAGUCUCAGCAUGUUAACUCUCGAUUGCUGAGAAGGCCUGUGAGUUCUGCAGGAGUCUCUUCCGUUUGACUCAGUGUGGAGCAGAAGAUGACCUCAGUUCUAAGAUGAUUCAGUAUGGCCUUUCACUAGUUGGUAUUCAGGUGGAUGAAAGCUAUUGCAGGACCUGACAAAAAGUAAAUUGAAUUCACAAGUUUCUUUUAUGUCUGAGUCAAUUCUUAUUUCAAAACAAACUUUGAAAUAAAAGUGGAAUAUGUCCUAGACCACGUGAAGGUGAACAUGAGGACAGACAGGAACUCCUCACAGUGUCUUUGCAGGUCCACAGCCUGAGUUCAAGAUCAUGUAAGUGUGAAGAAAAUGAGAAAAUGUACAUCACUGCUGUAGCUGGGGUUGCAGGGAGGUGUCUUUCCAGUGAGCCUUUCCAGGUGGAAAGUGCCAGUACUGAAAAUUUCUGUGACUUUAGAAAAAAUCUCCUCCGUCUGUGUUCAUUCACUGCGGAUUGUCCCUUCAGUGGAAAUGAAUCAGGCCUGCGUGCUUGGAUACAAAAUGCUUUCCAGCAGUUCAUAUACAGCAGUUAAAAGUUGCAGGAAGCCACAAGAGUCACCAGUGUUCUGCCUCCUGUGCCAGUAAAUACCGCAGAAUUGUUCUGCUGCUUCAUAGCGACGACUUAAUCUGUCCCAUCUACUGCUUUAUCAUUGCUACUACGUCAAAUUUCAAUUACUGAGAAAACAAAAAGGAAGAUGUCAAUUUUUUUCCACUUCUGAUGGAGCACUAUGCUCGAUAUUGAAGGCAUGAUACUAAAGAGAACAAGUGUAAGGACUAAAGUGAGUGUAAUGCUGCUGUAUGGGCACUCAUUGAGCAGCUUGGAAGCCUUUAUUUCAUAUGUUCUGAUACACAGAAGUGUUCUGGGAAAGCUCACUACAGAAGUUGAAAAGACACUCGUGGAUUUCUGCUAUGAACACUAAAAGUGUAGAAUGCAUUUGUUGGUGAAAUGGUUAUGACUGACAAUUUUCCAACAGCUUCCAGAAAUAGAAUGUUGGAGUAAAAACCUCAAUGCAGAUUUGCAUAUAUCUGUGUAUUCUUUUGUUGCUGUAGUGCUACAUGUUCAGGAGAAUCAAUAAAGUCGUAGAACUUCUUUGGUGUUUGAGGCGGUUGGAGCAGGCUGGGUCAGUGCUCCUGUGAAAUGGAUUGCCCACUCCUAGAAAAUGAUGCAAUUUAAGUCCAGAAAUGCUGUGCUUUUCAUUCCAUGUAUUUUGAGUGCAGGGAGGGAGUUGCAGGAAAGCAUAAGUAAGCAGGUUCUCCUGCAGAGGUUAACCAGGAUCGGCUGUGAGAAGGCCUGAUCUGCCUUCUGGUAUUUCCUGUGCUUGUUGGGGAUUCCCUGAACCUUAUCUGAGAAAGCUGAAAUGCGGCCGUGUUUGGGGAGGUUGCAGUCUGUCCUCUUCUACUGUACAGUACGUGUUGUGUUGUAUCCCUAACAACACAGUUAGAAAAUGUGGAGCCUCAUUCAGCUAGUAUAAGUUUUGUGCUGAUACUUCUUGUAACAGCUUGACGUAUCUGUUUAAUUCAGAGAAUAGGCUGUCCCUUCUGUGAAAAAUAAAAGUUUCUAGGAGUGUUUUGGACAACGAGCUAUCUUCUUUUGCUUUGCCUAGGCUGACUAGAGGGCAAUUUAUAAAACAGUCUGCAUUACUGUACUUGCAAAAUGCAUACGUGGUCAGCUAUCACUCCAAAAACAAGUUGUGCAGCUUUGUUAUUGUGAGUGAUCACUGGAGGAGAUGCUCGCAGAUAGGACCAAGUUGCUGAGGCACAGUUGGUGAUGACUGUUGUUGUCAUCCUCACCACAGGCAAUGGUUUGUUGUUUUCAAGUGAGACAUUCUCUGUGCCAUCAGUUCAUCAAGAGACUAGCAUAGUUUAUUUGGUUUUUUACCUUUAGCAGCAUCUGUAGCAUUGGCAGUAAAUCUUACCCUAACCAAGGCAGGUGCCAUUUUCUGCCAACAUCUGGUGCUGUUUCUUUCAGGAAGCAGGGGAUUUAACUUCCCAUGAAGCACUUUUGGUUACAAAACCUCUACUGUUGUGGUCCUUAACAUGUCUUUCUCACUUCAGCUCAUUUCAGCUGGACUUGUGGUUACUUGCUUUGGGUAGUUCGACCUGGGCUCAUCUCCAGAGCUGAACCACUAUCCUGUACUGCAGGUGCCAAUACACGUGGAAGAGCCAGCAUUUCUUCCAGACCCAAACGAUGGCAGUUUGUAUACGCUUGGUGGCAAGAAUAAUGAAGGCCUGACUAAACUUCCAUUUACCAUCCCAGAGUUAGUGCAGGCGUCUCCCUGCCGCAGUUCAGAUGGGAUCCUUUACAUGGGCAAAAAGCAGGAUAUUUGGUAUGUGAUUGACCUCAUGACUGGGGAGAAACAGCAAACCUUGACCUCUUCAUUCGCAGAAAGUCUUUGUCCAUCAACAUCCCUGCUGUAUCUUGGGAGAACAGAGUACACAAUCACAAUGUAUGACACCAAGAAGAAGGAGCUGAGAUGGAAUGCCACCUAUUUUGAUUAUGCAGCCACUCUUCCUGAUGAAGACGUAAAAUAUAAAAUGUCCCACUUUGUGUCUAAUGGAGAUGGACUGGUGGUGACUGUAGACAGUGAGUCUGGGGACGUGCUGUGGAUUCAGAAUUACGCUUCUCCCGUGGUAGCUUUUUACAUCUGGCAACGUGAAGGAUUGCGGAAAGUUAUGCACACAAAUGUGGGGAUAGAAACUCUGCGAUACUUGACAUUCAUGUCUGGGGAGGUCGGACACAUUACCAAGUGGAAAUAUCCUUUUCCAAAGGAGACAGAGACCAAGAGCAAAUUAACACCAACUCUUUAUGUAGGGAAAUACUCCACGAGUUUGUAUGCAUCGCCAUCAAUGGUGCACGAAGGGGUAACGGUUGUGCCUCGUGGCAGUGCCAUACCCUUACUAGAGGGUCCAAAAACAGAAGGAGUCACAAUUGAAGACAAUGGCGAAUGUGUUAUCACCCCCAGUACGGAUUUAAAGUUCUCAGCCAGACUGAAAGGAAAGAACAAACUCAGCUAUUGGAACGACUUGCUGUUAAUAGGGCACCAUGAAACUCCGCUAUCUGCCCCUACAAAGAUCCUGGAGAAAUUCCCAAGUAACUUACCUAAGAGGCCUGAAAAUGUGAUUCCAGCUGACUCUGAUAAAGUCACUAUUGAAAAGGUUAUUGACAUAGUUGAAGGUUCUGCAACAGAAGUGCCUCCUGCUGUUCCAAAGGAUAUUGAGGAGAAGCUUGCUCAGCCUGUUGCUCGGCCAGAAGCUCCUGUGGACUCUAUGUUGAAAGACAUGGCCACGAUCAUUCUCAGCACUUUCCUGAUUGUGGGCUGGGUGGCGUUUAUCAUCGCCUAUCCAAUGAGCGUACAUCAGCAACAGCAAAGGCAGCAUCAGCUGGAAGAGAAGAUACAGCUCUUGCAGCAACAGAAGCUGCCCUUUCGUGCUCCCAGUGAUCUGCCGCCAGAAGAUUUCUUGGACACCUCCUGUGGACAGACAGACAGCUCUGCUACCAGCACACCGAACGUGUCGCCCAAAGCAUCAAACCAUUCUGCAUAUUCCAGCAUCUCCACAUCUGAUGUUGGGAGCUGCCUUUCCACAGAGCAAGAAGAGGGAGAUGACGAUGCCAACAGAGUGAUGGUUGGCAAGAUUUCAUUUAACCCAAAAGAUGUACUGGGGCAUGGAGCUGAAGGAACCAUUGUUUACAGGGGGACAUUUGAUAACCGUGACGUUGCAGUGAAAAGAAUUCUUCCCGAGUGCUUCAGUUUUGCAGACCGUGAAGUGCAGCUACUGCGAGAGUCAGAUGAGCACCCAAACGUGAUCCGCUAUUUCUGCACAGAGAAGGACCGGCAGUUCCAGUACAUAGCUAUUGAGCUGUGUGCUGCCACCUUACAGGAGUAUGUUGAACAAAAGGCCUUCAGUCACCACGGCUUACAACCUAUUGCCCUUCUGCAACAGACGACAUCUGGUCUCGCUUAUCUGCACUCCCUCAGUAUUGUCCACAGGGACCUGAAGCCCCAUAACAUCCUCAUUUCAAUGCCUAACGCCCAUGGGAAGGUCAAAGCUAUGAUCUCAGACUUCGGCCUGUGCAAGAAGCUGGCAGUGGGCAGACACAGCUUUAGCAGACGGUCGGGUGUGCCGGGAACCGAAGGGUGGAUUGCCCCAGAGAUGCUGAGUGAAGACUGCAAAGAGAACCCUACGUACACUGUGGACAUCUUUUCAGCGGGCUGUGUCUUUUAUUAUGUGGUAUCUGAGGGCAGCCACCCCUUUGGCAAAUCUCUACAGCGACAAGCCAACAUUCUGCUGGGUGCAUACAGCCUGGAAUUUCUGGAUGCAGGGAGGCAUGAAGACAUAGUGGCUCGUGAUUUAAUAGAGCAAAUGAUAAACAUGGACCCUCAGAAACGGCCAUCUGCCAGCUGUGUGCUAAAGCACCCAUUCUUUUGGAGUUUAGAAAAGCAGCUCCAGUUUUUUCAGGAUGUCAGUGACCGGAUAGAGAAAGAAGCAUUAGAUGGUCCAAUAGUCAAGCAGUUAGAAAGAGGAGGAAGAGAGGUGGUGAAAAUGGACUGGAGAGAGCACAUCACUGUUCCUCUUCAGACAGAUCUUCGAAAAUUCAGAUCCUAUAAAGGAGGCUCAGUACGGGACCUUCUGAGGGCAAUGAGAAAUAAGCUCGCUUCCCUCACCUGCUCCUACAUACCUACCAUGCAAUGCGUAUCUGCUGCCAAGAAAGACUGUUUCAGCACUACUACCAGCAGGACUUUGCAGAGAAGAGCAUUGCAGGAGAUGCUGUUUGAGAGGAGAGAGAGCUUUCUUCUCUGGGACCAACAUUCCAAGCACAGGGCCAUGAAACAGGCCUACCUUUCACAGGGAAAAGGGGGAUCAAAGAGCUGAAUUGUCUCUCUUUGAGGAAACCAAGCUUCCAAAAUGUGCCUUGUAUUCUGCCUGCACUGGAUCAGGAGAUAGUAGGAGCCCAAGGAGCAGUGAAGCUGCAAAAGCAAUGAACCCUGGUGAAGGAGUUAUCCCACGUAAGGUCUCAGGAAAGUGAAGAGCAAAAGCAGGAUAAAACCAUCAUCCAGUAGCCCUAUAUACUGUACUUGAUUUUGUAACUUGUGCUUUACUGCAAAGAAUCAAAAUACAGUAACUGAAAUCAUAAAAUUACUAGGAGGUGGGACCUGCAAGAGGAACCUUUUAGUUGCAGCAGAUCAGAGCCUGCCAUUGCACUAAUGCCACACUCUGCAUUAGGCACACCGCAGUGAUUGUAGAGGGAAUCUUUUUUAAUGAGCCAAAACCUCUAAAAAGACUUACCCCCUUGUUAAGUCAGCACUACCCUACAAAAACAGACCCUCCUCGUUGAGCAGAUGAAGUUAUAAAAUGAAAUACUGACUUGAAAAAAGCUAAAGGUUUUACCUACUUUGAAAACCUCAUUGUUUAAAUGUCAGCCAGUAUUCACAGGAGAGCUAGAGCAGUACUUGACUUACUUAUACCACAGUGUCUGCACAAGUAACUUCAGGAAGAUACACUGAUGUCAGUUAUGACCUGCUCCUGAAAUGAUAAUGUUUCACCCACUGCAAGCAUUCCUUCCCCUCUUCUAAAGAACAGGAGUGUCAGCUGCAGAGCCAGAGGUAAGAAAUGAGUCCCAGGUAAAAGAAGCUAAAUAGGAAAUGAAAGAUGUACAGAACAGUGAAGUUGUAGGCAGUGUUCGUCAUAGGAGGAAGAAAGCUGCACAGUAACCUCAUUUUCUUCUUCAUGUCCAUGGGAACCUGUGUUUUUAAAGAUGCAGUAUUUCUUUUCUUUGGCCCUAAAGCUGUGACAAAGCAUUAAGUGUGUGUGAAGGAUGAAGAAAUGCUGAAUUCUAAGAUGACAGAUGUGGGUGUGUUCUUCUACAAUGUAUUUAUUUAACAUAUUUAUAUUUAUUUAAUAAUUGUUUUGAUACCACUUCCUAGUAAAAAGUGGUACAAGUACAAAGCAUGCCAAAUCUUUCUUAAUCAUUUUUGUAUUUAUAUUUAAUCAUAUUAUAACUGGAAAAGUUAUACUGCAUCUUUCAAAUUAAUCUGUUUGAUUGUGUCUUCAACUAAUAAAUUAUGGACUGUUCUGUGUAUGAGUGAUUGGGUACUUACAGUGACUUUACUGGAACACUUCACUGUAAGGGUUUUCCUAGUUUUACAGUGUAUGAGAGCAAUUUACUUAAGACAUUGAGUGUGCAAAUUAUGUAUUUCUACAGCUUAAAGAAAAAAAAUUCUUUUACCUAAGGAGAUUCAAAGCCUAUUUCCUAUUUUUGUAUUUCUCAUGUAAAGGUCUUUUAUAAUUCCACUAAAUAAAGACUUGUACUCAUAAAAA